UACAAUCGCCCCUGUCCUUAUAAUCGCCCCUAUCCGCAAUGGCAGACCCCCCAGGGCCCAGCAGCCGCAUCCCCUCCGCCAUCUCUGCAUCCCGCCCCACCCCGCCAGACACCCAUCACCCUGUCUUAGUCUCCCCCGAAAACAGGAAUAUCGUACAGCCUUCUCCUAGCAAGACCAGCGACCACAAAGAUGAGGUCCACGACUAUACCGAAGACGCCCCGCAGGCGAUGGUGGAUGCUGUCGCAAUGGAGAUAGCCAAGCACGAGCAGGAGGGACCGCCCGAGAUGAUGGCAGGCAGCAUGGCGAGCUGGGCAGGCGUCGACGAUGGAGACGGAGGAAUAUUCCCGUCGUCCAUCACCCGCACGCACAUGCGGGCCGGCUCGAGGCGCGCAUCAAUUGCCUCCCGCCAUUCGGUAUCUUCCUUCGCUCGGCCGUCUGGCACAUAUAGGAGACAAGGGUCGUCCCAAAUCGACCUCAUUCGCUCACCCGGAUCUCAAGUAUUCUCACUAGACAACGACGAGAAUGAAGGGGCCGGAGAAGAAGAGCACGCAGCUCAUCGAUACAUUCCGAGCCACCGAGAGUCGAGAAGAGGGAGGGCUGGCUCUGAAGCGCAGCCUGGGAGUUACUUUUCCUAUAGGGCCUACGAGAGAGAGCCAAAUGACGACUACAGCACCUCUCCAGAGGUUGAACGCUUUUCUCCGACUUCAGCAAGCCCGACCCAGCCAUCGACGGCUUUAGGUAGGAUCGCAUCCUUUAUGGGAUUUGCUCGACCCGAGGCAGAUGACGAAGAAGCUCUUUAUGGCGAUGGUCAUUCGUAUCGUCCAUCACAUUCUCGAUCACGGUCUCGGCGUGGCUCUACAGAGUCUAGAGCAUACUCCUACCAGCAAUCCAAGAGCCCUACCGGCAGCGAUGAUGAAUGGGGAUACGGUGAUGAGGAUAUGGACUAUGAUGAGGAAAAUGAUUAUCAUUCUUCGCUUGCCGACGACACAUCACUACCUCCUCAAUCUCGUCCCGGGUCUCCGUCCAUUCCGCUUGUGCCGUCUGCAACGGACGGCAUCUUUGGUGAACCACACGCUGGGACGUACGAGGACCAGGAACCUCGGGACUUUGUCAGUGUGGCAGUCCCCUCCCGGCAAACUGUGGUACUUCCCGACGAAGAUCUAUCCAUCCGAUUCACAUGCUACAGGACAGAUCGGCUUUGGAACGUUAUCUGGCUCAUUGGCUGUGUCCUUUCCUUGGGAGCACUUGGUCUAUUUGGGAGAUGGGUGCCGAAAAUUUGGGUUCAAUUUGUCGGUAAAGAGGUGGCAUUUGACGAGGCACCCGAGGGCAGCUGGCUUGUUGUCGAAACACCUUAUGGCGAUCUUCAUAUCAUCUCGCUAGACAUCAUUGCCUACCCGUACCCCCUAUCGACUGUCUUUCCUCAAUCUAUUCCGCCCGUCACGGUAUCUCCAUCCUGCACCUCUCACUCUCCUUCGAGCUCUAGUACCCCUGUUCAAGCUGUCCACUCGUUCAGCAACGAGCCUGCUGGCGGCCAUGGCGGCGCUAAAGACCUCAUGCCAGACCUCGAACCUGGAAAGCAAGUCUGGGAAGAGACUACGGGCUUGUUAAAGGUCAUGGAAUACAGGUACACCAAGUUUGCUUUGGAUCCUACUACCGGGAGAUGGACUAUGAUCAGGGACUGGAGAGACUCGAGAUGGACUUCCAGCAGGGCUGUGGCUCAGGGACUUACUAGCUUGGUCAAGGAGCAGAGGUUGGCUUUGAUGGGCGAAAACAUAAUUGACAUUGCUUCCAAAUCUGUUGUUGGUCUUCUCGUUGACGAAGUCCUCCACCCAUUCUAUGUCUUCCAAAUUGCUUCCAUCAUCCUUUGGUCCUUGGAUGAUUACUACUACUACGCUUUCGCCAUCGCACUCAUUAGUGUCACCAGCAUCAUGUCCACUCUGGUGGAGACCAGGCGGACCAUCGAGCGCAUGCGCGAAAUGUCCCGGUUCCACUGCGAUGUCAAAGUACUCGUCGACGGAGAGUGGCAGAUCGUUGACUGUGCCCAACUCGUACCCGGUGACAUCUUUGAUUCCUCCGACCCCAAUCUCGGUGUUUUCCCCUGUGACGCUCUGUUGCUGUCGGGAGAUGCUAUCGUCAACGAAUCGAUGCUUACUGGUGAAUCUGUUCCUGUAAGCAAGAUUCCAGCAAAAGACGAGACUCUCCGAGCCCUAUCGAAAGAGACCAAGCACGGCUCGUCAGAGAUUGACGCCGAUCUGGCCAAGCACUACCUGUUCUCUGGAACCAAAGUCAUCCGAGUCAGAGCAGGCGCCAAACCUGCUUGGGCUCCCGCAAGCGAGGUACCUGUUGCUCUAGCCAUGGUCACGCGUACAGGGUUCAACACCACCAAAGGUGCCCUCGUGCGGUCUAUGCUCUUCCCCAAACCGAUGGGCUUCAAGUUUUACCGGGAUUCGAUGAACUUUAUCGGUGUACUGACGAUCAUCGCUGGGCUGGGCUUUGCCGUCUCGGCAGUGCAGUUUGUCAGGAUUGGUAUCGCUUGGCAUACAAUCAUGCUGCGAGCUCUGGAUCUUAUCACUAUUGUCGUCCCUCCUGCUCUUCCUGCAACUCUUACUAUCGGCACGACGUUUGCCAUUGAUAGAUUGCGAAAGAGUGGCAUUUUCUGCAUCUCUCCGAAUCGAGUCAACAUCGGAGGCAAGGUCAACGUUGUCUGCUUUGACAAGACCGGUACUCUCACAGAAGAUGGUCUUGACGUUCUCGGUGCGCGUACUAUCGAUAAGCCUGACCGCCGAUUCUCCGAGCUUCACUCUGACAUUACCGACGUCCCCAUCGAAGGCGGAAUUCAUGGCAAGACCCCUCUCCUCUAUGCUCUCGCUACUUGCCAUGCGUUAAAGUUGAUUGAUGGCGAAAUCAUGGGCGAUCCGCUUGAUAUCAAAAUGUUUGAGUACACCGGUUGGACCUUGGACGAGGGGCAGUCGAGGCCUGUCACCAAAGGAAGCGCGGGAGGUGUGAGGCCUCAGGCCUUGGUACAGACUGUUGUGAGGCCGCCGGGUACCGAUAAGUGGAGGAUGGAGGAUGCUUUGAAACAAGGAUCAAAGCAUGCGCACUUCCUGGAGGUCGGUGUCAUUAGAACAUUCGAUUUCGUCUCUGCUCUGCGAAGGAUGAGUGUCAUUGUUAAGAGGCUUAGAUCGACAAGUAUGGAGAUUUACGUGAAGGGCGCGCCCGAGGUGAUGCCUGACAUCUGUGACCCGGCUUCUUUCCCCAUCGACUAUGAAGACAUGCUGUCUUACUAUACCAGAAAUGGUUAUCGUGUCAUCGCCAUCGCAGGAAAGUCUAUCGAGGGCCUGACCUGGCUCAAGGCCCAGCGAAUGAGACGUGAGGCUGCCGAGUCCGACUUGCAGUUCCUUGGUUUCAUCGUUUUCGAAAACAAGUUGAAAGCUGGAACCACCCCCAACAUUCACACCCUCCGUGCUGCCCAUCUCGCAUGCCGUAUGGUUACCGGCGACAACGUCCGUACUGCCAUUUCGGUCGCUCGAGAAUGCGGUCUCGUCUCGCACUCUGCCAGCGUGUACAUUCCCACAUUUGUCCCUGGCACCGGAAACGCCGAGGAUGCCAGGAUCGAUUGGACGAGUGUAGACGAUGAUAAGCUACAGUUGGACGAGUGGUCGUUGAAACCCUUGACGAACCAGGUCGGCGUAGCAAUGGACACGGCGGAAGCUGAGAUGCACGACUAUCAACUGGCGGUGACUGGUGACGUCUUCAAGUGGAUGCUGGAAUAUGCCGAGUUUGAAACGAUGGAAAGAAUGCUGGUGAAGGGCGUCAUCUUUGCUCGAAUGUCUCCUGAUGAAAAGGCUGAAUUGGUGGAACGUCUUCAAGCACUCGGUUAUACUGUGGCCUUCUGCGGAGACGGUGCCAAUGACUGCGGUGCCCUCAAAGCAGCCGAUGUCGGCGUAUCCCUGUCGGAAGCAGAAGCGUCCGUUGCUGCUCCCUUUACGAGUCGGAUCCCCGAUAUCAGCUGCAUGGUCGAGAUCAUCAAGGAGGGUAGGGCGGCUUUGGUCACGAGUUUCAGCUGCUUCAAGUACAUGGCGCUAUACUCUAUGAUCCAAUUUGCUACAGUCACUCUUCUGUACUCGUUUGCGUCAAGUCUGGGAGACUUCCAGUUCCUCUACAUCGAUCUCUUCAUCAUCAUUCCGGUCGCGGUUGCCAUGGGACGAACCCUGCCCUUCCCCAAAAUACACCCGAAGAGGCCGACAGCGAGUCUUGUCUCUCGAAAGGUAUUAAUCAGUAUAAUCGGCCAGAUCGUCAUCAACGCUGCUGUCCAGGUAGUCGUCUUUGUCUGGGUCAGGAGACAGCCAUGGUAUACGAAACCCGACACCAACGUGGACAAGCUGGAAACAAUCAACUAUGAAAACUCGGCAUUGUUCCUUGUAUCUUGCUUCCAGUAUAUCUUGGUCGCCGGUGUCUUCAGUGUCGGCCCCCCAUAUCGCAAACCACUCUGGACUAAUCCUUCUCUCGUAUCCUGCCUUGUCGCCCUCGGUGCCUUCAGUACCUAUAUUGUCCUCUCUCCCGCCAAAUCUAUAGCUCUCAUACUCGAUCUCAUGUCUCUCAAGUUUGGAUUCAAGCUACAACUAUUGGGAAUUGCUGGUAUCAACAUUAUCGCCAGUUUCGCUUUUGAGCGGUUUGGAGAACGACCGAUCUCGAGGCUGAUAGUCGGAGUGAAGAGGUGGAUGUGGAGGAGAGGUAGGAGAAGGGAGUAUAGGCCGAUAGAGAGAGAGGUCAGAUAGAAAUCUAUAAACAGCAUCUUGAAGCAUACUUAUUGUACCCCGAUGAACAGCAUUGAACCAGUG